ACGUGUCUUUUUAUGCCAGGCACACCAACACACAACCCUCCACCACGCCUCGAGUCGCGACCCAUUGCCCGCGAUGAUGAACCUCUUCCGACUGCUGGGGGAUUUAUCCCACCUGCUAUCCAUCCUGAUUCUGCUGCACAAGAUGAAGGUGUCGAGUAGCGCAUCUGGUAUCUCGUUCAAGUCGCAAUUCCUCUACCUGAUCGUCUACCUCACGCGUUACGUCGACCUCCUCUGGACCUUCUACGAACCCAAGUCGCUCUACAACACCAUCUUCAAAAUCAUCUUCAUCAGCACUUCGGCCUACACCGUCUACCUCAUGCUCAACGACUACAAGCCGACACACGACCCAAAUCUAGACACGUUCAAGGUGCAAUACCUGCUGGGCGCGAGCGCAGUGCUGGCGAUACUGUUUCCCUACAAAUACACAUUCACGGAGAUACUCUGGGCUUUCUCCAUCUGGCUAGAAUCGGUUGCCAUCUUGCCGCAGCUGUUCAUGCUGCAGAGGACGGGUGAGGCGGAGACAAUUACGACGCACUACCUCUUUGCGCUGGGUGCUUACAGGGCUCUGUACAUCCCCAACUGGAUCUACCGUUACAUUCGCGAGGUGCCCAAGUUCUACGAUCCCAUUGCAGUGAUUGCGGGUGUCAUCCAGACUAUUUUGUACUCUGACUUCUUCUACAUUUACUACACAAAGGUCAUCCAAGGCAAGAAGUUCAACCUGCCCGUGUAGACCCCCGCGCGCAAGGACGCUGCUCUCUUUCUGCUGCUGGUGGCCGAGUUCGGCCCCAUUGCUUCGUAUAUCGGCAUAUCUGUGUUAAGUGGGCGUUUUGGCAUCUGGAGGCAUUCUAGGGAGGAAGGGUUGGUUGGGAUAUGACAGUCGACU